GGGGAAAGGGGUCGCCGGGGCUGCCGCCGCUCCCGCUCCUCGAGUUGGCGGCUCCCUCGGGGGCUGCUAGGCGGGCGUCGAGUCCGCAGGGCGCGCGGCCGCGGUCGCUGGGUGACAAGCUCAGCCGCGGCCAGAGGCGACAUGAGCGCCGCGGGGCUGUUGGCUCCGGCUCCGGCCCCGGCUGGAGCAGCACCGGCCCCGGAGUACUACCCCGAGGAGGACGAAGAGCUGGAGAGCGCCGAGGACGACGAGCGCAGCUGCCGCGGCCGCGAGUCGGAUGAAGACACUGAAGAUGCUAGUGAAACUGACCUGGCAAAGCAUGAUGAAGAGGACUAUGUAGAAAUGAAGGAACAGAUGUAUCAGGAUAAACUGGCUUCCCUCAAGAGACAGUUGCAGCAGCUGCAGGAAGGUACGUUACAGGAAUAUCAGAAGAGGAUGAAAAAACUAGAUCAGCAGUACAAAGAGAGGAUCCGAAAUGCAGAGCUCUUCCUCCAGCUGGAAACUGAACAGGUGGAGAGAAACUACAUUAAAGAAAAGAAGGCAGCGGUGAAAGAAUUUGAAGACAAGAAGGUAGAGCUGAAGGAGAACCUGAUUGCUGAGCUAGAGGAGAAGAAGAAAAUGAUCGAAAAUGAAAAGCUGACUAUGGAGCUGACAGGAGAUUCUAUGGAAGUGAAACCCAUCAUGACCAGAAAGUUGCGGAGGCGACCAAAUGAUCCUGUCCCCAUCCCAGACAAGAGGAGAAAACCCGCUCCUGCCCAGCUAAACUAUUUGUUAACAGACGAACAGAUCAUGGAGGAUCUGAGAACGUUAAAUAAGCUUAAGUCACCCAAGAGACCAGCAUCCCCGUCCUCUCCUGAACACUUACCUGCCACACCGGCAGAGUCUCCAGCCCAGAGAUUCGAAGCUCGAAUAGAAGAUGGGAAACUGUACUAUGAUAAAAGAUGGUACCACAAGAGCCAGGCCAUCUAUCUGGAGUCAAAGGACAACCAGAAGCUGAGCUGUGUGAUCAGCUCUGUCGGAGCCAAUGAGAUCUGGGUGCGGAAGACAAGUGACAGCACCAAGAUGAGGAUUUACUUGGGCCAGCUUCAGCGCGGGCUCUUUGUGAUCCGCCGGAGGUCAGCGGCUUGACUUUUCUACAGUGUUCUUCCCUUGACCUUUUUUCUGGAGUGGUUUUUCGUUUUGUUUUCUUCCAAAUAGAAAGUUUUUAACCCGGGAAUUCUCCUUGGCCUUGGAAACUGGGGAGCGCUAUUGUGGAUUCUGCGAGGCGCUGUGGUGGCAGCCGCUUCCGUCUUUGCGUUGCUCCUUCCUGCCUCGACCUCUUCCGGCCAGCCGUCACCGUGAACUCUUGCUUUGGGGAGUGUUGCGAGUUCGAUUUACUCAUUUCUUUGUGGUUUUUUUUGCUUACACUUUUUUUUUUUUUUUUAAGUCUCCUUUGAGUUCGAAGGGAUAUCUUUUUUUUAAUUGACUUUAGGUCUUUCUACCAGGAAGGGGUACACUCUACAUUGCAUUUUCAUGUUUUGAAUCUGAUUAGUGGAUCACGCAGCUCUUUCCCUUGUCGAGCCCAAUUCACUGUUUCCCCAGAAGCUUGGGGCAGAGGUCCUAGCAGAAGGAGAUUAAUUCUCCUGGCUCUCAGCCUUCUCUGAGAAAUAAAUGCCUUGUGUAACAUCUGGCGUAUGCCAUCCAUUCCACUGGCUGAGCGACAGAAAAAUUUGCCUGGGUGGCUACGUGCACUGAAGGAAAUGGGUUUGGGGGAGGGGGCAUCUCAGGCUCCAAAUAUGCUGAAGGUACCGCAUUUGAAAUGUUAUUUAAUGCAAGUGGUUUAUGCAGACACAUUUGUUCUAGCUCAAGCUGGAGCAACUGGUCAUUUCAGAAGUUUUUAUUUCUAAUUCAUUUCUGUUUCCUGCCCCUAAGGAGAUGAAGUACCUCGUGCCGACCAAUUAUCUGGGUUAUCUAUUGUAGGUGGGGAGGGGAAACUGACUGGUCAGUCAUCAGUUAUCUGUGAACUCUCACUCAUAAUUCCACUUGCACACUCUUGUCACUGAUGUCGUUACUGCACACGGACUGUUUCCAGCCUGUGGACCUUGUUGGCGCCCCCAGCCUCCCAGGAGGUCUGGCCCAGGCUGAAGACAAAGGAAGCUCUACUGCGGCUGCCACUCACCAAAGGAAUCCUGGGGGCAACAACCUUCCCCCACACUCCUUGCCUUCUGCUGCUCAUUUCCAGCCUUGGAGAGAGGGUUCACUGGCAGAUGGGGCUUUCUGGUUCAUAGCUGCCACCGUAGGAUAUUUAAAGAAUUUGGGCUUAGAGCAACGGUUAGCAUCUCUAUGGGAAAUUAGUAGACCUUAUGCAUCCUAGGAAAUCUUGGUAUGUCAUGCCCUCGGUCUCAGGUGAUUAUCUUUCUGUCAUUUCUUGAUAUAUGCACCCAAAAGCAAGUUGGGGGGCUGUGAUGACAAGCAAAAUCACCUUGUAAGUCCUGGCUUCAAUAGAGACCAAACCUUACUGACUCAGUAGAGGCAUGUACAGAUUUGUUUUUGUUUUAAUUUAUAACGCACCCCCCUCCGCCUCCAUGUUGGAGUCUCCUUUAGAGAAUAAGGUAAAUGAUGCGUGUUUAACAGUUUAGAGUUGCCUGGGUGUUCUGUGCUUCUCUGCCCUCUGCCCCUAUGAUGAUGAUUAUCGGAGUGAACCAAGUCCACAGUCAACAGGGCCUUCAUCUUUCCUUUCUUCUUGACAGCCUUCGCUCUGCGGGAGAGCCUCUGUUGCUUGCGUUGUCCCUGUGGUGUGUGUAACGUCCCAUAAAAGCAGGCGGCUGUCUGUUCUCCACUAGUGCCCUGUGAUGGAAAUUUAGUUACAGUAUGUGUGGUCGUCAGAGUUUGUUUUUGUUUUUGUUUUUCUUUUUGAAUGAUUGUCUUACUUGGCUUCCUAGCAGUACACCAAAGUUUGUUUUUUUUUUUUUUUGGAAAAGCUUGUGUUGAUAACUACUGGAGAUUUCAGCAUCAAAGCAACAAGUUGUCUUUUUUUUUUUUUUUUCCUUGCCUUUUCUGGUGGCACAUUUGUGCUUUUGUGAAGUAACUGUUCAUUGGAAGACCAGAGUAUGGGCACUUUGGCUUCUUCUCUGGCCUUGGCCACAUCACUGCCUUCUGGUCCUCAGUAUCCUCACAAUCCUUAAUCAUGACUGUGGGAAUGGGCACAAGUGGGGAAUAGACAGACACAGCACAGUAAAUUGUACUCCUAAUCCCAGAAGAUCGAGUUUUUUAUUUUAUCACUCCAGAGAUGAAAAGCCAGCAGCAGUAUGGCCCCUCUGGCAGGCCUCUGUGGUGACCAGGGGUAGCAGAGCCCCCUUGUUGAGGAGUUGGAGGUGCUUUUGUGAUGGGCAAAAACAGAUUUUGAGAUUCCUGGACUAACAAGGGGCUGGCUUUUACCCCAGGUGGCCAUUCUUAUUCCAGAAGGUCUUUCUUUCUCACCAAACCAUAGGGUACCAUGUAUAUCCCCAAAUUCAAACUUUCCUGCAGAUAAGACUUGGGAAAAGGUUGGUCUAGACAACUCUUAUGAAGAACCUGUACAUGGUGUUAAUCUGAUCAAGAAAUUGCACUUGGGUUAUUCUGAUCAAGAACCUAUUUGUGUUUUGUUCAAGGCACCUGCGUUGGUAUUAUACACAGUGUUUGCUAUGGAUAUGUCGCAAUAUUUAUUUUACCUCUGCUUGGGGGCGUUGUGUUGUCUUCCCUACCUUCUGACUCCCUCUCUUCCAAAGCCAGUGUCCUCUUGAACUAUUUCCAGAUUUCCGUAGCCAUACCAAAGCCAGGAUGUUUUCAUUUGUUUGGAUACCGGUGUUUAUGGAUAUCUAACUACCUAACUUAAUUUUUUUUUUUUUUU